GGCCCCCUCUGGUGCUGCCCUAUAGGAUUGAUUCCUGCUUUUUGGCCAUGGAAAUGCCACGGUGGCUUUAGCUGGCAACUGUGUGCGUGUGGACGUUUACUGAAAUAAUCACGUGUGUGGAUUUCAUUGCCUAGUCGGUGUAGUGUUACCGGGUUUUGUUUAUGUUUUAUUUUUUUCGCGUAAAGGUUGCUUUAUGAAAGCUGCAAUCUGGAUCGCGGCGGCGGAAACAGAAAGAAGAAGAUAGAGGAAUUCUCUCGGUCUUCUCGCGAAAAACUCGUCCAGUCCAAGAACAAGAUGUUCUCCAAAUUCACCUCGAUUCUGCAACACGCAGUGGAAGCGCUUGCGCCUUCACUGCCCUUGCAGGAAGACUUUGUCUACCACUGGAAGGCCAUCACGCAUUACUACAUAGAGACUUCAGAUGAUAAAGCCCCAGUAACGGACACUAACAUCCCAUCCCACCUGGAGCAGAUGCUGGACAUCCUGAUCCAGGAGGAGGGAGAGAGGGAGUCGGGUGAGACGGGGCCCUGCAUGGAGUACCUGCUCCAUCAUAAGAUCCUGGAAACUCUCUACACUCUGGGCAAAGCCGAUUGUCCUCCUGGUAUGAAGCAGCAGGUUCUGACCUUUUAUACCAAACUACUGGGCCGGAUUCGACAGCCACUCCUGCCUCACAUCAACGUGCACAGACCUGUACAGAAACUGAUCCGUCUGUGCGGCGAGGUUCUGGCUGCUCCUACAGAGAACGAAGAGAUCCAGUUUCUCUGCAUUGUCUGCUCCAAGCUCAAACAGGACCCCUACCUUGUUAACUUCUUCUUGGAGAAUAAAGGAAAACGAGUUGACGACAAAGAAUCAGGAGCAGAUGGGAAAGAGGAUCCUUCGUCUCCAGAUACAGGUCAGCAGCAGAGCGCUGGAGUAGCGUGUGACGCCAGCAGCCCUGCACACGGUGCCGGAGCUGCUCUACACACCAACAACAGCAGCAACAGCUACAAUCUGGUCAGCUCUCUGCUCAACCUGACCAAGAGCCCGGAUGCCCGUGUGGUGGUGAAGGCGUGCGAGGGUCUGAUGCUGCUGGUCAGUUUGCCCGAGCCUGCAGCAGCGAAGACACUAACAGAAAGCACGGAGCUGUGUGAGCUGCUCACGGCUCGCCUCACCUCCUUCUAUCAGGCGUUGCCUCAGUCGAUGGAUCCGCUCGAUAUCGAGACCGUCGAGUCCGUCAACUGGGGGCUGGACGUGUACAACUUGAAGGAAGAUGCUGCUGCUUUUACAGGGAAGCGUGCUCUCAUUUCCUUCCUCUCCUGGCUGGAUUACUGUGAUCAGCUGAUCAAAGAGGCACAGAAGACCGCGGCAGUAGCUUUAGCUCGAGCUGUGAGAGAGCGCUUCUUUGUACCCGUGAUGGAGCCUCAGCUCAUGCAAACGUCAGAGGUGGGCAUCCUGACCUCCACAGCACUGUUGAAUAGGAUCAUCAGGCAGGUCACAUCAGACGUCUUGCUUCAGGAGACUGUCUACUUCCUGUUGGGAGAAGAACUGAGUCCCGAGACGCCAGCGAGCAUUACUCAGAAUCCCCUGAGGCACAGACUUAUAGGGCACUGUGACCAUCUUUCAGACGAGAUCAGCAUCAUGACCCUGCGGCUGUUCGAGCAGUUGCUGCAGAAACCGUGCCAGCAUGUGCUGAACAACCUGGUGCUGCGCAACAUUGAGGAGCGUAACUACAUCGAGAACAAGGUCCAAGAGGAACGUGAGGAGCGCGAGCACAUGGAGAACGGGCAGCCUCAUGAUGCUGUUGAUCUGGAAGAGGACCCGCUCUUCUCAGACCUGUCUCCAGACACUAGGCUGUCCAGCCCUGAUUGGCUGAGCUGCUCACCUCCACCUAGCACAGAACAUACAAAGCCUGAUGGGAAAACAGAGGUCCACAAAAUUGUAAACAGUUUCUUAUGCCUGGUUCCGGAUGAAGCGAAAUCGUCUUAUCAAGUUGAAGGCACAGGUUACGACACUUACCUGAGAGACGCACACAGACAGUUCCGAGACUACUGUGGCAUCUGCCAGAGAUGGGACUGGCGCAGCAGCCCUAAGCCUAUUGAGAAGUGUAACCUGGACAUCCCCUUCUUCGAGGGACACUUCCUUAAAGUGCUCUUUGACAGAAUGGGACGUAUCCUAGACCAGCCAUAUGAUGUCAACCUGCAGGUCACAUCAGUGUUAUCCAAGUUGUCAUUGCUGCCCCAUCCUCACUUGCACGAGUAUUUGCUGGACCCCUACAUCAACCUGGCACCCGGCUGCAGAUCCCUCUUCUCCGUCAUCGUCAGGGUGGUGGGAGACUUGAUGUUGAGGAUCCACCGUAUUCCAGAUUUCAACCCUAAACUGCUGCUAGUGAGGAAGAGGCUGCUCGGGAUGGAACCAGAGGGAUCGAGUAUUGAUCAUGUGACGUUGCUGGAAGGAGUCAUCGUCCUGGAGGAGUUCUGUAAAGAGCUGGCGGCCAUCGCAUUCGUCAAGUUCCACGCUUCUGCAUCUUCAUCCCCCUGAGCCAUGCCCUGGUGGACACAAGCAUCAUUGGCACAGUUCUGACUUGACACAGAGUGGGCAGCUGGCACAGGAACCACCAACUGAGUCCUAUUCAUCCUUCAGAUCAGGCUCCUGCCUGUUAAGAUCCAGAGGGUCAACACUCAUCUAUCUGAGAACACGCAGGGGAGAUCAGGAUGGAGAUAAAAGCCCACAGGUCAAACUUGCACACGUGUGAUAUUGUAAGGUGAUCAUAGUAGCACUCAUGAUGCGUAAUUUUGUGCUUUAUCCCUUUUUUCGAUUCAUCCAAAUCAUCUUUUCUUCUCUUUUGCCAUUUUAUGUUCAUUUUUAAAUUCGCCUUUUAUUGUUUUUUUUUUUUUGUUUUUUUUUAAUGUUUCUCUGGCUUUGCACAUGAACCUGCUGACUUCCAGAUAUUUCUUUUUUGUUUCACCUCGGACAGAAACUCACUUAUUUAUUCUUGUCCAAAACAGACCGUAGUUCUGUAAGAGCUAAAAAAAAAAACAAAA